UGUGCGUGCGUGCGUGCGUGCGUGAGUGCGCGCGCGUGCGCGCUGGCGGCACGUGGCGGCGGUGCAGCAUGGCGGGGUGGCGCGCGGUGCCCAGCGACCUGUUCCCCUUCGUGCUCGCCUUCCUGCGCGAGAACCGCUUCGAGGGGGCGGCGCGCGCCUUCGCCAGGGAGGCGGGAGUGAAGGACCAGGAUCCCAACGCUGCCUCUCUCCUAGAUGUCUUUAGUUACUGGCUGAAGUCUCCUGCUGCCAAAAAAAGAAAGAUUGUUCCCAAUGGACCUCAUGCAAAGAGGAAAUCUUCCUCAAGUAGCGAUGACAGUUCCAGUGAGGAAGAUGAGACGCCCCCAGCCAAGAAACCAGCUAAGAUAACAGCUGUGCCCAAGGUGAAAGCAACUCCUCCUGCCAAGAAGGCAGAGAGCAGCAGUGAGGAUUCCAGUGAUGAUUCAGACUCAGAGGAGGAAAAGAAGCCAGCAAAGAAAGGAACAAAACCAGCAGUGAAGCCAGCUGGAACCAAAAUCCAGCCUCAGAAGAAAGCAGAGAGCUCCAGCUCUGACUCGAGCAGCUCAGAGGAGGAAGCACCAAAGAAACAGCCACCAAAACCAGUAACACCUAAAUCAGGAAGUAAAGCUGCCCAGGUAACUACCAAGCUGGUCAAUGGAAAAGCAGCAAGCAGUAGCAGCAGUAGUGAAGAUUCUGAUGAGGAAAAGGCUGCCCCGAAGAAGGCUGUUCCCAAGAAAUCGCCUGUACCUAAACCUGCAGCCACUCAAGCAUGUCCGGGCAAAACCAAACCUGCCAAGGAAAGUUCCAGUAGUGAGGACUCUUCUGACAGCUCCGAGGAUGAAAAGCCAGCUACAAAACAGAAGCCAAAGUCUGGUCCAUACAGUGCUGUACCACCUCCUCAGGCUACACAGCCAAAGAAAGCCCUUGCCAAGGCCCCUGCAAAAAAGGCUGAGAGCAGUGACUCCUCAGACAGCAGUGAUGAGGCAGAGCAGGUGCCCACAAAGGCAGGAGCAGGCAAAGCAGUGGCAGCUAAAACAAUUCCUGGUGUCAAAAACAAAGUUGUGACUGCCAAGAAGGCCGAAUCCAGUUCGGACAGUGACUCAGAUUCUAGUUCUGAGGAAGACAAGAAGGUAGGGGGUAAGCUCCCUGCUAAACAACCUCUGAUAAAGAAUCCUUCUAAACCAGCAAAGGUAGCUGCCAAGCCCGCACAAGCAAAGAAAGACUCCAGCUCCUCCUCGGACAGCUCAGAUUCUGACAGCUCUGAAAAUAAGGCCCCCGUGAAGCCUGCAGCAAAAGCAGCACCCCCUGCAACCAAGAAGUCACAAGCUACCACAAAGAAAGCACGAAGUAGCUCCGAUUCAGAUAGUAGUAGCUCCAGCAGCUCUGAGGAUGAAAAGAAGAAGAAAGCCCCUCCAGCUAAAUUAACUGGCAAAGCGGGUAAGCCGGUGUCCAAACCUUGCACCCCAGCUCCCAAGGAAAGGUCAUCAGACUCUGAUAGCUCAAGCAGCGAGGAAGAAAAGAAGCCAGCAGCGAAACCCGUCAGCAAAUCGACGGGGGCCACAAAAGCAAUUGUGGGGAAGAAGGUGGCUGCUGCUAACAGUAGCAGCAGCUCAUCUGAUAGCUCCAGUGAAGCAGACGAGAAGCCCAAAAAGGCAGGGAAAGGGGCACAGAACAGUGCUCAGACCACUGCUUCUGCAGAGAAAGCAAAAGCUUUAUCCACAUCAGCAGCAAAUAAUCUGAAGUCCAAACGAGCUGGUGGAAGCAGCAGCAGCAGUGAAAGCAGCUCUGAAGAAGAGACAGGAAAAGCAAAUGGAGGCAUGAUCCAGAAGAAACGAAAGAGGGAAGAUAUCCAGGAGCCAGAGACACCAGACAGUAAAAAGGCAAAGAUCAAAGCCAAAACACCACACACGUUUCCCAAGGUGAAACAGCCAGCCUCUCCAUUCCGACGAGUAAGAGAAGAAGAGAUUGAGCUGGAUGCCCGCGUUGCUGAUAACUCAUUUGAUGCAAAGAAAGGAGCUGCUGGUGACUGGGGUGAGAAGGCCAACAACAUCCUGAAAUUCACCAAAGGCAAAUCUUUUCGCCAUGAGAAGACAAAGAAAAAACGGGGCAGCUACCGUGGGGGCACUAUAUCAACCCAAGUCAAUUCCAUCAAGUUUGAAAGUGACUGACAGUGUCUCUUUGGGAAUUCAUAAACCGUCCGCUCACCAGAGUCACUUGGAUGGGCGUGUGAAUAUUAUGGACAUCAAUCCUGUCUGGAGUAUUAUCUCCCCCAGCCCCAUGUGGGGCAGGCAGCUCCAACACGGGGAUGUGGGAGAAUGGUUGGACAUUUCCCCAGUUAUUUCUGGCUAAUUCUGGUUUAGACCCCUAAUAGGGAACCAUCCUAGAGCUGGUGUUACUGGACACUACUAGGGUGACCUUCAAGACUUAAAUUAUGUACAGUCUUAUUUUAAAAGGCUGGCAGUGAUUUUUCAUUUCAGGUUCCUGCCUAUCCAGUAAAGGAAAGAGAACUUCUUUUCUGUAGCAUAACCGCCCAUUUCUUUUUCAUCUAGUUUAACUUCAGGUACCUGUGAAAUUGCAAGUACAAUAACUUGCCUUUGGCUGGUUACUGUAAGAGCAACAACUCCCUCGAACCCUUUGGCUGUAAUCCCCACACCCAUUUCACAUUUGUAGUUCACAAUUGCAGUAUGAUGGAGUUCCUCUUUUUUGUUUCGUUUUUUUAUGGUUUCAUCUUGCAGUUAAUUCGCACCUUCCUCCUCCUCCUGUUCCUGUUGAGGCUACUAAGUAGAGAAGUUAGAGAAGCAGAGUGUUAACACACCAGCGUAGUUCAGGAAUCAUAUUGCUUGCAAGUUGGUGGCUGUUGUCAGAAAGGCCAAGUACUAUAGUGCUGUGGCACUUUCGAUAAGGUUUUUAUUGUGAAUGUAGCCCAGGCAGGGAGAUGUACAGGAACUCCUGACUCUGUGGAGGUUCUAACAUUCGAAGAAGGGUCUUUGGCCCAGUGGAAAUGCUUAAAGAGGCAGAGGAAAUGGUCUUUUUUUUCCACUCAGCUCUGCUUUUUGUUGAGUCUUUGUUUCAGAGGUUUUGACUGCAGUGUGGUGCUGCUCCUUGUUCUCUCUGAGCAUAUAACAUGCCAGCAUAUGCUUUUCUCCAGCAAUGUGCAGUGCAGCUUAUGAAGAGCUGAGAUGAAUGUAACAUUGAUGCCUUAAAUUUCUUUCCCUGACUGGAUCAUGUGCUCUUUUUGAGCUGUUUUCUAUCUGUCAGGUCCCUGGGAAGAAGUAAAAUAUCAGUUUCCUGUAGCACUGUAGUAAGUAAAGCCUGGAGCUGUAAGAUUUGAAGCAUUAGCUUCAAGCACAAGUUCUGUAUGGGAAGUGGGGUCUCAAAACAAGUUCAGCAACUUGCACCCUAAACUGAGUUUUCAAGGGCAAUGGAGAUAAUCUAAUGGUUUACUGCUGUUGAAGGGAGAUCUAGCUCUCCCUCCAGUUGCUUGGCUUUGCCUGCUUACCAUUUCUGGUGCAACUCACAAAUCUGGUAGAACAUGGCUCCCCCACCACUUUUUUUUCCUGUUAGGUGAGUUACUAAGUUAAAGUUAUUUUAUGGAGCAGUCUGUUGACCCCACAGCCAGUAUGAAUUCAACAAUGGUAGAGCAUGUUAAGGAAAAGGGCAGUAAUGGGCUGUUAGGUCUGCUUGCCUCAUCUCAUGAAACUACCAGCCACGAAGAGAGGUUAUGCAGGGUCUGAUUUCCAUGUCUCCAUUCACUCCCAGCAGGGUGACACAGAAAAGAGCCCUGUUGUUAUAGGGAGCCACAUAUGUGUGCAGUGUCAGAUAAUUGAGGGUUGGAUGAGACUGAUGAGCCACCCCCAUGCACAUUAGCUGCAGCUUGUUUUGAUGAGCAUUUUUCAGCACUUCCCCUCAGGCUUGCCCAAUCAGUCCGAUUGUUGGAUGCUAUGCAGCCAUGCAGAGGGGCCCAGGGGACCGUGGUCAUCAUGAAGAGCUUAAGGUUAGAAGCCAAAGCAGGGUGGGAAGAAAGUAUUUUCAGCUUCCAGUGGGGAUUUGAACAAUCUUUAUUGUGAUUUGCCAUUUGCCCUCUUUUGUCCUCCUUAUUGGAAACUUUAAUUUUGGAACCGUGAAGGUUAAACUUUUAAAAACUUUUAGGGGUAUUUUAUGUGUGAGCACACAAGUGUCUCAGAAAAUAAAGAUAGCUGCCUUUGUAA